AUGAUGGUGGACCACAACAUCUACGUCUGGGACGUGCGGCGUCCCUUCAUCCCCUCCGCCAUGUUCGAGGAGCACAAGGACGUCACCACAGGCAUCGUGUGGCGUCACCUCCACGAUCCCUAUUUCCUCCUGUCAGGCUCGAAGGACAGCACCCUCUACCAGCACAUCUUCAAGGACGCCAGCCAGCCCAUCGACCGGGCCAACCCCGAGGGGCUGUGCUACAGCCUCUACGGAGACCUGGCCUUCGCCGCCAAAGAGAGCCUCAUCUCCUCCGACUCCAAUCGCAAGCCCUACAUCGGGGACCGGCGUCACCCCAUCUUCUUCAAGCGCAAGCUGGACCCCACGGAGCAGUUCGAGUACAUCUCCUCCUCCAGCGCCCUCAGCGUCUUCGAGACGGACGUGGAGAGCGGCAGCAUGGACUGGUUCGUGCACACCGCCAAGCAGUACGCGCUGGCCGGCCGGCCCCUGGCCGAGCUCUGUGACCACAAUGCCAAGGUGGCCAAGGGCUUGGACCGUAAUCAGGUGGCUCAAACGUGGACGAUGCUGCGAAUUAUCUAUUCCAGCCUUGGCACCGUGUCGUCCGCCAACCUCAACCACAGCAUGGGGAAAGGCAGCACCGCCCUCCCGCUCAUGAACAGCUUUAACCUGAAGGACAUCCCCUCUGGGCUGGGCAGCGAGUCGAGACUGGACCGCAGCAAAGGAGAAAGCCGCACGGAAAACAUACUCAUGGAUUCCUCCUCCACCCUGAUCAACAACGAAGACAACGAGGAGACGGAGGGCAGCGACGUCCCUGCGGACUACCUGCUGGGAGACGUGGAAGCGGAUGAGGAUGACCUGUACAUGAUGGACCACGAGAACCCGCACGCCGAAGAGCAGGAAUACAGCCUUCCCCAAGAAGCCUUCCCCCUGCGCCAUGAAAUCGUGGACAACCCGUCAGCCUUGGACCACCUGCAAGACAAGGCUGACUCCCCUCACGUCAGCGGCAAUGAGGCCGAGACGGUGUCACUGACACCCGUGGAGUCCUUCUCCCUCAUCUCCAUCUCCCACUCGCUCUACGAGAACCGCCUGCCCUCCGACUUCUUCAAUCCCAUCGUGCGGGACACGCUCCUCUUCUACGCUGAGCAGGGAGACGUGCAGACGGCCGUGUCCGUCCUCAUCGUGCUGGGAGACCGCAUCCGCAAGGAGAUCGAUGAGCAGACCCAGCUGAGCACGUGUCGCCCCAUCAACUGCCUCAAUCAGGCUUCCACCACUCUGCACGUCAACUGCAGCAACUGCAAGCGGCCCAUGAGCAACAGGGGCUGGAUCUGCGACAGGUGUCGGCAGUGUGCCAGCAUGUGUGCCGUCUGCCACCACGUG